AUGUCCAAAAUGGGAAAGAAGAACGACUUCUCGGAGAAGCUGAUGAUCAGCGCCGACGGUCAGCUGAAGGCAUCCCAAAAGAUCCCUCAGAUUGCUAGACCAUUUGUCAGCGAGAAGGCAUUGAAGUACCUCGACAUCGUCGAGAAGUUUGUCGAAGAAGAAUGUAUUCCCGCCGACGCCGUAUUCCAACAACAGAUUGGCGACUCAACAGCUGAACGCUUCAGCGGCCACCCCGCCAUCAUCGAGGACCUCAAGAAGCGUGCAAGAGAGCUAGGACUGUGGAACAUGUUCCUGCCAAAGAACCACUUCAAGGAGGGUGCUGGCUUCAGCAACCUCGAAUAUGGCCUCAUGGCCGAGUACCUGGGCAAGAGUCGUACCGCCUCCGAGGCCACCAACUGUGCUGCUCCUGACACUGGAAACAUGGAGGUGCUGGCCAAGUACGGCACACAGGCUCAGAAGGACAAGUGGCUCAAGCCCUUGUUGGAAGGCGAGAUCCGCUCUGCAUUCCUCAUGACCGAGCCUGAUGUCGCCUCGAGUGAUGCCACAAACAUCACUCUUGACAUCAAGCGUGAGGGCAAUGAAUACGUCCUCAAUGGAUCCAAAUGGUGGUCAUCAGGCGCCGGUGAUCCUCGCUGCAAGAUCUACAUCACAAUGGGCAAGACCGACGCAAACAACCCCAGCCCCUACAAGCAACAGAGUGUCGUCCUCGUGCCGGCAGACACCCCUGGAGUCACCAUCCACCGCAUGCUCGGUGUCUUUGGCUACGAUGACGCUCCUCACGGUCACGGACACAUCUUCUUCAAGAACGUCCGUGUUCCGCUAGAUCACAUCGUCCUGGGCGAGGGCCGUGGUUUCGAGAUUAUCCAGGGUCGUCUAGGCCCUGGCCGUAUUCACCACGCCAUGAGAAGCAUCGGCGCUGCCGAGAAAGCUCUGGAGCUCUUCGUCGCUCGUGUCAACGAUCCCCGCAAGAAGGCCUUUGGCAAACUCUUGAACGAACACGGUGUAAUGAUUGAGCGCAUUGCCAAAUCGCGUGUCGAGAUUGACUCGGCUCGCCUCUCAGUCCUGAAUGCCGCAAUCACGAUCGACACCAAGGACGCCAAAUUCGCCCUCAAGGAGAUCGCCGAGGCUAAGAUUCUGGUUCCUACCAUGGCUCUGAAAGUCAUUGACCGUGCCAUCCAGGCUUACGGUGGUGCUGGUGUAUCACAAGACACACCAUUAGCAAACAUGUAUUCUCAAGGCAGAACCAUGAGGAUCGUAGAUGGUCCUGAUGAGGUGCACUUGUUGCAAUUGGGUAGAAACGAGAACAAGAGAGGUCAGUUCUUGUUGAGCAGACUAGCGUGGCAGAAGAAGAAGAGUGAGGAAAUGGCUGCAAAGCAUGGUAUGCAGCUCAGGGAUGUGUUGCAGUUGGACCGUGUCAUGGGCGAGAAGGCCAAGCUCUAA